AUGCCCUCGAAACUUUAUCUCAGUUGGAACGCCACUGGCCAGGAGGAGAUUCGGGCUCCCAAUUUACGCCUUCACGUUCCACUCGAAAGCUACAUCGUGCUCACACUGUACCGCUAUUUGGGUAUCGAUCCUACGAACGUCGUGAUACAUUUUGUAGCAUGCAAAACUUCCGCGACCGUUCUCUCGGUAAACCUUCCGACAUCCAGCUUCGGAAGUCCUCCAUUCUUAACAAAAUUGGAUGGCCCCCAGCUAGCUGAAGAGGAUGCAUUCUUCUGUCAAUUACCUUCGAUUGCCGUACCUCAAACGAGUACCAUCAUUUCCGGGCUGUGUGGUGUGUGUCGCUGGUUAACCAAGCACCAUAUAGCCGAAGGAGGCACCUUCUCCGAACGGUUGCUAGGCUUCAAGGGUAACACACUGGUUGCUCCAGCGGAUGCGUCGCUGUGGACAAAAUUCUGUGAGCUGGAUGCGAUACGCUGCGUCGAAGCAAUACUGCACCUAACUCCGGACUCGUAUGCGAUCCCGGAUGAAAUUGGCCAGUUGGAGCGCCAUCUCGUGCAGCCUCUUAAAUCGCACAACAUCUUUAAGCUUGUCAACCUUGUUAACAAUGUGCGCAUCUCAUCAGAUGAGGAACACCGUCAGCUGACGGAAGGGAAAUUCGAUUUUCAGGCAAACCAUCGAUUCGCUGAAGGAUACGACAAAACCCUUGCCGAUCUUAUGCUGUUCAUUUGCUUCGAACUGAUCGUGCGUCGAUUGGGCAAGGGGCUGCUGCAAGAGCACGUGCCCUAUGUAGCCGGAUGGUACGAGCGAGUAAAUGCAGACGAUGGCGGGAAGUUGGAAGAAGUUUGCCAAUCCACUGCACGCUCCGACGAGAAUGCACAGCUUGGACAGGUGCAGCUGAAGAAAGUGAAUGUUAAGCUACCGACGGAAUUUAGCCUGUACAAAGCGGACACGAAGAAACUCAACCUUAAAGGGGAUCAAAUACUGACGACCAACCAGGCAGAAGUGUUGGAAAUUUUACGCAAAGUCGACGACAUACCUACCGACAUUGGUAGCGAGGUGAACGGCCGCGGUGAUGCGAAUCUGUUCGACUGGACAACGGUACCAUUGGAUGCACGGCCGGAAGGAGGAAAAUUACCGAUGGCGCGCAUCUUGCGAAAGCGCCACCAGCUCGAAGCGCUCGCCAACGAAGUGAUCGAGCUGGCCGUCGAUGGCUGCAUCAUUGUCGACUUUUGCUCUGGCACAGGCCAUCUGGGGAUACUGAUCGCUUACCUCCUUCCCCAGUGCAAGGUGUAUUUGCUGGAAAACAAAGAAGAAUCACAGCAGCGUGCAAAGGACCGCGUGGCUCGCCUCGGGUUGACCAACGUUACGUUCUUCCAGUGUAAUCUUGACUACUUUACGGCCCGGUUCGAUAUUGGCGUCUCGCUCCAUGCGUGUGGCGUGGCGACGGACAUUGUGCUGGAGAAAUGUUUCGCCCGGCAGGCCCAUUUCGUCAGUUGUCCCUGCUGCUACGGAAAGCUGUACAACAUCGAGCACAUCGCGUACCCGAGAAGCCGCCUCUUUCGAGAUUCGGGGCUACAGCUGAAGGAGUACUUUUGCAUCGCGCACUGUGCUGACCAGACGCACGAUCUGGCUAGUGAGCGGACUAAUGUGGCGAAGGCGCACCAGGGCUUCCACUGUAUGGACAUCAUCGAUCGCGAUCGUGCGCUUCGAGCCGAAGAGUUGGGAUACCGUGUACGGCGGACUCGUUUGGGGCAGGAAAACUGUACCCCUAAGAAUCGUCUUCUCGUGGGUACGUACACCCGGGAGGAAACGGUUUAUACAAGAUGAUGGUUUCAUUGGACAUGGAAAGUGGAAAUAAAAGGAUUUCAUUUUUAA